AUGGGUCAGGGCCCAAUAUUUAUCAACUCUUUGACCUUCAUCAGGCUGGACCGUUUUGAGAAGACAAAUGAGAUGUUACUCAACUUCAACAAUCUGUCAAGCAUGAGGCUAAACCAGAUGACAGAACGAUACCAGCAUCAUACCAAGGCACUUGUGGACAUGAAGAAAGAUCUUGACAAUAUCUUUCGGCGAAUAAGGAUUCUGAAGGACAAACUUGCAAAGCAACACCCUGAAGCAUUCAGCAGUACCUACAAUUCCCUGGUUACAGAUGACGAUGAGGAUUUUGAUUCAAUCCCAAAGGGUUCAUUACCGCUGUCCUCCGCUUUGGAGCUGAGUUCUGACUCCAGUAAUACCAGCCCAACAUUACUGUCCACUGGAGCAAGCGGGGACUCGGAAGAUGCCUCACAGGGACUCUCAGACACGCUGCCGGUUCAGGGACAGAUUGAUGGGCAUGAACAGCCUGUCAGUGAAGAUGGGGGAGAAUAAUCUUCAAACUGCACCUGGAUAAUGCCUCCCCUCAGAGUGGGAGGGUUAAAGCAGCCUGGAAACCAGGCCCAAGGACCUGGACAAGCUCUUGGAUGAAACCUCUUACUGUUGGUAUUAGAGCAGACACCAAGGCCAAUGCCUGAAGAAACACAAACUAACUUCAAACAUUUGCUGUUUUUCUUGUUUUUUUUUUAUUGCACAGUGGAUUACUGUUUCCCAAAAUAUUUGGUGAACUCCACUCACUGUGUCAUCUUAGGGGUUUAACGGCGAAACACAGUCAUGUUCACUGUAUGACUGUAGGAUUUGCACUUGUUGGAUUUAUGUUAAAAAUGUAAGAUGUGAGAAAAUAAAAUGUCAACAGCACUGCA